CGGAAAUGUCUCCGCCGGAAUCACAACGCAAUCCAAAUCCCUUCCUCCAUGAACAAUCCUGAUACCUUUUAUCACUACUACUCCAUUUCGUCAGUUCCGUUGCUUCGCUCUCUGAUUCUCCUCUCUCCGUUAACAGUAACGGACUCCUAACUCCUUCCGUUACAGCAAUUUUCGCCAUCGCUAGGUUUUUCUCAUUUCACUUCAACGAUUUAACUCCAUCUAACUCCCGAAAACACAAUUCGAGUUUUUCAAUUAAUGAAGCAUGUGGAAGAGAUUCGAAACCACUUGCAAUUUGUGAUAAAGUUCCGGAAAAUUUCGUCAAGGUGGGAAGACUACUCAACAAGCUGUAAGAAGGAACUUUAAAUUUAAUUUUAAAGGUUGUACCUAGAGAGGAACUUCAUCUUGUUGGCAUAAGCUUGAUGCUUAUAACAUCCAAAUAUGAGGAGACAUGGGCACUAAAGGUAUAUCGUGUGGAUAUCAGGCAGGCGGCAUGGUUUAGUGCCGUUCCAUGGGUUGUGAUGGCUAUCAUGAAUUACCUUGCUGGCUUUUGGUUAGAUAUGAUGAUACAAAGUGGUACAAGUGUGACUUUGACUCAUAAGAUUAUGCAGUCCAUUGGUUUUGUUGGUCCCGGACUUAGCCUCAUUGGUUUAGCAACAGCACAAAACCCCUCGGUUGCUUCUGCUUGGCUUACAUUAACCUUUGGCUUGAAAUCUUUCGGUCACUCUAGAUUUCUUGUGAACUUUCAGGAGGAUCGCACCACAGUAUUCUGGUGUUAUACAUGGUAUGAUUUCUACUGUAUCUUGAAAACCUCCUGAUACUGUAUACAAUAUACAAUUUGACGUUCAAAACACAUUUAAUCACAUUUACAAAACCUUUUCAUUGGUAAGUGCAUU